CCCGUCCGCCAUUUAUUUCUUUCUAGUGCUCGGCUUCACAGUAGUGACAGCGUUGUUCAUUAUCGCGAGCAAAGACGGCAAAUAUUCGUUUUACUGUGGAAUUUAUGCAUUAAAUUCUCAUCACAAGUUAUUACUGACGCGAGUGUACAAGUUUUUAGUGAAGGCUGCAUGAUGUGUGACGUGUGUGUUCUGUGACCGCGCGACGGCAGUAUGGCAGGCCGACCCGUGUCUGUUGUCAACACAAAAUCUUGAAUUAUGCAAGUUGGCGUAGAAUAUGGACGAGUAUUAGUGCAUAAGACUAUGAGGGUUGUAAUAUAAUGGUGUGGGUGCAGCUGGUGGCAUUAGCGCUAGUGUGUGGGGGCGCGGUGGGCUGCCCGGGCGGCUGCGCGUGCGGCCCGGCGGCGGUGUCGUGCCGCGCCGCGCCGCCGCCCGCCGCCGCGCUGCUGACCACCACCGUCCCCGGCCACGGCCCCGCCCUCCGCGAGCUCACCUGGACGCACUCCGGCAUUCAACACCUCCAGGACGACCUCUUCAACAACACCCCCAACCUCGAACACAUAGACCUGAGCAGCAACGAUAUCAAGAGUAUAAAUCCAUCGCUCUUCAACCAACUCACCAGGCUCAACCAUCUCAACAUGUCCUGGAACCAACUCGAUGAUAUCCGAAGGCUGACGUUCGCUGACUUGUCAGGGUGCGAAGUGCUGGACUUAUCCCACAAUCGGCUGAGACUGAUCCCGUUCCAAUUGUUCGCCACAAUGCCCAGGCUGAAGUACCUGGAUUUAUCGUUUAAUCAGAUGGCUAGUUUCUUAGACUACUUCUUUAAACCUAAUAGACAACUGAAAGUAUUGUUCCUAAAUAAUAAUAGCCUAGUCAAAAUUACUUCUAAUGCCCUAGUCGACUUGCGGGAGCUGGAGACUCUGGACCUGUCGAACAACAAGCUCAGCUACAUCCCGAAGGCGCUGUUCGACACCUUCAGCCUUCUCAGAGAGCUCAACCUCUACGGGAACAACUUCCAGAACAUAUCAAACGAUGCUUUUAAAUAUUUGCAUAACUUACUAAGGCUGAACAUGGGCGGGAACAACCUGAGGCUGUUGCCGGCGAACCUCUUCCGAUACAACGACAAUCUCGAAACACUCUACCUCGAAAGCACCGAGAUAACCGUGAUACAGAACACCAACUUCAAAGGUCUUACGGCGCUGAGGAAGCUGUACAUACGUCACAACCACUUCCUGCGCGAGAUCGAGCCGUUUGUGUUCGAGGACAUACCGAACAUCACGCACUUGAAUAUCAGCAGCAACAUGCUGACGUUCCUGCCUCUGUCCCUGAAAAGUCUGACUAAGUUGGAAGAGCUGACGAUAUCGAACAACCCGUGGGCGUGCGACUGCCGCAUGGCGUGGUUCGAGGAGUGGGCCGAGCUGCGGAAGGACAUCAUCCGCUCCGAUCUCAGCUGCAUCCUGCAAUACCCGGGAGACAUGCUGAGGAUCCUACGCAACACGCACUGCACCGAGCCGACGCUCGUCAGCAGCAGUCCUAUGAUUCUGUAUAGGCUUCAAACCAACGCGUUGCUCGAGUGCAAGUUCGACGGGAACCCAGCCCCGUCCAUCACCUGGAUCACGCCGACUCGCGCCGUGUACCACUGGAACCCUGAUCUGCUGAUCCCGGACAUAUUCCACAAGCACGGCAUCGCUCACGACCAGUACUACAACGCCAUAGACAAUUACAAAUCGAGAGUGAAAGUGCUAGAGAACGGUUCGCUAUACAUCCAGGACAUUCACAGAGAAGACACGGGAACUUAUUUGUGUUUCGCGUCGAACCCUACGGCGAACGCUUCCGCGGAAGUGAUUUUGCAUAUAGACCCUAUGACUAUGUUUGAGAUCAAGAUGUACAGUUUGCUGUGCGGGGCGAUAUGCGCUGCAGCCUUCUUACUCAUCACGCUGCUAGUUCAAGUGCUCAUCUACAUAUUCUACAGGUUCCGUCUGAUGGAGACCUGCUGCAGUUGCUGCGGCUGCGUCCGUCCGAGCGCGCCGCGCAGCCGACAGAUAUACCACAUGCUCGACAACAUCGAGACCUACAAGCGACAACAGCUCGAUAAAUUGCGCGAAAAUUACGCGGUCCAGGUGCAUCGUAUAAAAGAGAACUGUACGCAGCAAAUGGACUGGAUACAGGGCAGCUACUCGACGCAAGCCAGCCACCUCCGCAAUAUCAGAGACAUCGGCAGCAACCACCUGUCGUCCAUGAAAGACAAUUACUGCGAUCAGGGUGUCACUUUGCAGGUGAAGCGCGUCCGAGACUAUUCCACGUCGCAGCUCAACUGGGUGCGCGAGAACUACGUGUUCCAGAGGAACAAGAUCCGCAAGUUCAGCGCUCACCAGAUCCUGCGGCUCCGGGAGAGCUACAAGUACCAGCAGCAGACCCUCAACAAGGUACUGGAGAACCUCCCGAGUCUGUACUUCGAGAACUGUCGCAGCGGGUCUUGCGGGCGCUCUGACUCGAUGCCGUUUGACCCGGACGUGGAGGUCAUCGACAUGUACCUCAAGACGAAGAUCGAGAAGCUGAGCAGCCUGCCCGACCCCGUGUUCGACACUGAGAGCAAAGUCUCCGUGUACUACACGCCGACGGAGCGGUCUGUGACGUCACGGCGCGGGUCGCCAGUAGACUUGCCGGACAACAUCCACAUCAACAUCAUCGAGCGGCCGCCGUUCCCGUUCCACGAGGCUCUUCACGUCGACAUGAUUGAACGCGGAGGGUUUAGAGUCCCUGAUGGAGUGCACGUGAACAUGAUCGAGCGGUCGGCGCCGCCGCCGCGGCUGCUGGCCAUGAUCAAGCCACUUCAAGUGGAACCUCCGCCAUCGCCCUGCACGUCGCGUCAUUCCCGGCCGUAUCUAGAGCCGGAGGCGAAGCCUGCUAGCGAGCCGCUGCUAGGGGAGAGAAGCGAGGGUCGGGCGCGGAGGCUGCCGACCAGCGCCAGCUCGCCUGAGCUCCGCGACGCAGCGGCGCACGAGGCGGCCAGGGUUCUACUGGCGGUGGAGGUGGACAAGGAGCCGGGCGCGCGCGCGUGCGGCGAGUGCGUGGCGCUGUGCCACCACCCCGGCCCCUUGUAGUACAGGCUGGUGACACGAGUGUUCAAACUGUACGCCGUGUCUCAGCGCGCCGCGCAAGCCUCCUACGUCUGACGACGCCUACUUGUAAGCUGUGAUAGCCUAGAUUUGAGUUCGCGCAGCUGUCGCUGUGCAGGUGCGAGGAAAGACCCGAGGGUAUUAGUGUACUGUAAAUAAUUGAUUCAGUAAACGACUCGUUUCAGUAACUUUAUUUUCCAUUUUGAUGUAUUUUUAGGGUAAUAUCUUAGAGCAUUAUGCAUUUUAUAUUUGUUCAACUUAAAAUGUAGAGACUAAAGUGAGGUUUUAAGGAAGUUGUUACUAUCUUGUUGUAAUUGUUGCAAGGAGUUUUAUAAUUGGUGUAUAUCUAGUAGGGGCGCCAUCCUCUGUCCGACCACUAACUAUUGUUUGAUCUCAAACUUCGUAAAUUAUUAGAACAGUAGAACUACCUAAAUGUAACUCGAGUUAUCAAAUAAAAAUAUUUUCACAUCAUUGUCGAUACUGUAGUAUUUAUCUAAUAAUAAUUGAGUCUUGCAGUGAAAUGCCAAAUGCAGUUAUUAUAACAUUUCUUAAUACGAAAUAUACAAACAUUGUUGAAGAUUUUUAAAAUAUAUAACAAGAGUAAUCAAACCCAUCAUAAAUCAUGGUGAAUAAAUUAUUUUUCAAUGUA